AUGUCAGACAGUGAAGAAUAUGCAUCUGCUAAACGAUAUAAACGAGACGAAACAACAAGUGAUCUUGAAACAUCACCGAUAUUGAUCGAUUCAGAUCCAGACAAUUCUAUUCUCGACACAAAAAUUUUUAAUGAUCCGAUUCAUGGUUCAAUUGAAUUACAUUGGCUACUCGUCAAGCUAAUUGAUACGCCCGAGUUUCAAAGGCUUCGACGUCUUAGACAACUUGGACUAGCAUAUUAUGUUUAUCCCGGUGCUUGCCACCAAAGAUUUGAACAUUCUAUUGGAACAUGUUACCUUGCUGGUGAACUAUUGACACAUCUUUGCCACAAACAACCGGAAUUAAAUAUAACACCGAAAGAUAUUUUGUGUGUUCAAAUGGCUGCUCUUUGCCAUGAUCUUGGCCAUGGGCCAUUUUCGCAUACAUUCGAAGAUGUUAUUGCAAUACUCCGACCAGAGUUGCAUUGGAAACAUGAACAUGCGUCAGUUCAAAUGUUUGAUCAUUUAAUUGAAAGAAAUCGUUUGCUGCCAUUUUUUCAACAAGUUGGACUAAAAGACAUCGAUAUUACAUUUGUUAAAGAACUCAUUCACAGUGAAAUCAAUGGACAAGACAAUACUCAGGUUUGGCCGUACAAAGGACGAGAUAUCAGCAAAUCAUUUCUUUACGAGAUCGUAUCGAACAGAUUAACUGGUAUUGAUGUCGAUAAAUUUGAUUAUUUUGCGCGUGAUUCAUAUUAUUUGGGAACAAAAAUUUCAUUCGAACAUAUGCGUUUUAUUAAAUUCUAUCGCGUUAUCAAAGUCGAUGAUGGUAAACGUCAUUUGUGUUUGCGUGAUAAAGAAGUUAAAGCAUGUUAUGAAAUUUAUCGAAUUCGCGACGAUCUCCACCGCCGUGCUUAUCAACAUCCAGUCGCUAAAGGAAUUGAAUUGAUGCUUCGAGAAGCAUUGAUCGCGGCGAAUGAUUAUUUAUUCUUUUGCAAUGCAGCAGGACGAUGCGAUACUCGCCUGGCGCAUAUUAUCGAUGAUAUGUAUACAUUUAGUCAAGCUGAUGAUCAUCUCGUCACAUUAAUAAAACAUUCGUAUCAUCCGAAUAUGGACAAAGCAAAAGAAAUCCUUGAAAAAAUUGAACGUCGAGAAAUUUAUCGUUAUAUCGGAAAUACGCAAAUAAAAUUCACUGCAGAUUUUCAAAAGAAAGAAUGUCAAAAUGCUUGUCAUGAUAUUAUAAAAUAUUGUCAUUUCGACGAGAGUCAAUCGCAUAUUACAGAAAAUGAUCUCGUUAUACAGACAGUUGACUUAACGUGUGGUGAUCGUGGCAAAGAUCCGAUUCAAAACAUGUGGUUUUAUACAAAAAUAACUCCGAAUAAAGCAACGAAAAUAUCAAAAGAACAGGUAUCAGCAUUUUUACCGCAAACAUUUCGUGAACAAGAUCUUCGUCUUUAUUGUAAAAUGCGUGAUCCAACUGUUUGUUCAAUUGUCCGAUGUGCUUUUAAAGAAUUUUGUAUUGCAAAAGGCUACGCCGUACCCAAGGGUAGUGACCUUUGGAUGACAAUAUCACCGAUUAGUGAGCAACGACAUACACCCUCUGCUGGUAUUGCUACACAAAGUUCUACUUUCAAACGGUCCACUACAUUAUAA